CCAGCACACACGAGCACACGCACACACACACACAUAUUACACACACACAUAUCACACAAACACACACGAGCGCGCGCGUCCUCACUGCCACUAUCCUCCGGGAGGUGCAGAGAUGGGAGCGACCCACUCGCUUCCAGUGCCCACACCUGUCUGAGCGCGCCUUACCGCCCGGACGCACGGAGCUGGGUCGGGGCGCGGGGAUGCGAGGCACGGGAGCAGUGCUCAGCACGGCCAUCAUGCCAACACUCUUCCUCUUCCUCCUUUGUGCCAUCAAGGAGGUAAUCCCUUACAGUGCUCACUGGAAGCCUACUUGGCCAGCUUACCGAGUCCCCAUCAUCCUUCCCCAGUCCAUCCACAGUUUAGACAAGCCAGAGUUUGUGGCUGAAGCCAAGUUGGAAGUGUCAUCUUCCUGUGGGCCCCAGUGCCACAAGGUUUCACCUCUGCCAACAUAUGAAGAAGUCAAGCAGUACUUGUCUUAUGAAACUCUGUAUGCCAAUGGCAGCCGCACAGAGACGGAGGUUGGCAUUUAUGUCCAGCGAAGUGAGACAGAGUCCAGGGGCCGGUCUCGGAUGAAGAGGCAAAUUUAUGGUUAUGACAGCAGGUUCAGCAUCUUUGGAAAGGACUUCUUGCUGAACUAUCCAUUUUCAACAUCUGUGAAGCUCUCAACUGGCUGCACUGGAACCCUGGUAGCCGAGAAACAUGUCCUCACUGCUGCCCACUGCGUCCAUGAUGGCAAAACCUAUGUGAAGGGGGCCCAGAAACUUCGGGUGGGUUUCCUGAGGCCCAAGGUGAAAGAGAACGGUCGGGUCUCUAAUGUCUCCAACUCCGCCAUCCCUGACAAGAUGAAAUUUCAAUGGAUUCGGGUAAAACGCACCCAUGUUCCCAAGGGUUGGAUCAAAGGAAAUGCCAAUGACAUUGGGAUGGAUUAUGACUAUGCUCUUUUAGAGCUCAAAAAACCCCAUAAGAGAAAAUUCAUGAAGAUUGGGGUGAGCCCUCCUGCUAAGCAUCUGCCUGGGGGCCGGAUCCAUUUCUCUGGCUAUGACAAUGACCGCCCAGGAAAUCUAGUGUACCGCUUCUGUGAUGUCAAAGAUGAGACAUAUGACCUCCUCUACCAGCAGUGUGAUGCCCAGCCUGGGGCUAGUGGGUCAGGAGUGUAUGUGAGGAUGUGGAAGAGACAGCAGCAGAAAUGGGAGCGCAAAAUUAUUGGGAUCUUUUCAGGACACCAGUGGGUGGACAUGAACGGCUCACCACAGGACUUCAAUGUGGCUGUUCGCAUCACGCCCCUUAAAUACGCACAGAUUUGUUAUUGGAUUAAAGGAAACUACGUGGAUUGUAGGGAAGGGUGAGAAGAAUGUUUCUCCCCACCAGCACUUAAUGGUCUUUAUUGUACUUAUUUUAGAAAAGGCUAAAUUUUGGCGAGAGAGAGAGAGAGAGAGAGAGAGAGAGAGAGAGAGAGAGAGAGCGCAAGCGUAUGAGUGUGUAUGAGUGUGUGUAUGUGUGUGUGUGUAUGCAUGGGUAUGGCCGACUAUGUGGUGUCUGUGUGGAUAUCUAUGUAUAUGUGUACAUGUGUAUGCCUAGAGAGGGUAUUAUAGUGUUUCUCUUAAAUCCCUAAAAUUACAAGAUGACUGGCUUUACUUUUUAAAAACUAAUUUGUUUAUCACAUCAUGGUGAGCAAUUCAAAGACAUAUCUUUUGAUAGAAAUAAAGGCAUAGGGUUGUUUUGGGUUUUUUGUUCAUGUGCUAAAUUAAUCUUGAAGUUAUCCAAGGACCUUUGGGUUUGAUCCACCUAGACUUUUGUUAGAUUGUAUUAAACACAUCGUACACAGGAGAUUCAUGCAAGUGUGUAUCCCUACUUUAUGUGGUUGGAAGUAUGAUAGGUCCAGUUCCCUGAUGGUACCAGUUCAUUCUCAGCCUCCCUAAUGAGUGCAAGGACUAGAGGGGAAUGUAGUGAUGGUAUGUUGAACUUGAGGCAUUCUUUUUGUUAGUCCUUAGAGGAAUGAAAAGGCAAAAAAAGUUUAUAUGCAGUAUUUAUACAUACAUUCAAAUAUAAUUUAAUGGAAAAUAGGAUCAUAGAAUCAUAGAUUUAGAGAUGGAAGGAGCCUCAAAAGUCAUCUGCUAUUUUUUCCUCACCUCUCAUUUUACAAGUGAGGAAGAAGAUUAAGCAAUUUGCCCAAAUUCAUACAAGGGAUGCUUGUCUUAGGCAAGAUUUGAACCCAGAUCCUCUCUCAGUCUUCUCUUUAGUUUAGAACUAGUUCCUUCCCAAAUACCAUACCAGCCUAGGAUAUGGCUUUGCCCGUCAUCCAGUUACCCCAGAGCAGGCAAAGGUGUAUCUGUACCACUUCGUUCAAUUCUUGCUACUUAACUGGUUUUUAAUUAGAACAACUCCUCAGUGGCAAUGGACCUAGCAUAUUUAGCAUAAGCUACCAUUGAUUUCCAGUUGAUCGUCACUAGGCACAAGAAGAAAUUGCUGACUCUUUCCAUCCACAAUCCCCUUCCCUACCAAGAUUAUCAUCCAGAAUUUAUCGUCUCUUUUGAUUAGAAUAAUCUGAAGUUAAUUCAAUGCCAGUAAACAAUGGGAGUGGUGCUAGACAGACAUUGUAGUCAAAAUAACACCUUAUUUGAGGAUGAGCAAAUUGACUCUGAACAGAAAUGAUCCUUCUUAGAUAUGUUUCUGUGCUUUAUAGGGACUGUAUUUGCUUAACUUGUCCACACAUUGUUUCUUCACUUUCCUAACGUUUAUAGUGAAAACCCUUGGAUGGCACAUUUAAAAAGUACACACAGUAGGACUUUUAAUCUAGUUUUAAAAGGGUCUCUUUAAGAGGCAGCUAGGUGGCAUAGUGGAUAAAGCACUGGCCUUGGAUUCAGGAGGACCUGAGUUCAAAUCCAGCCUCAGACACUUGACACUUAACUAGCUGCGUGACCCUGUGCAAGUCCCUUAACCCUCAUUGCCCUGCAAAAAAAAAAAAAGUCUCUUUUACCCAAGGUGUCUUGGGACAUGGACUAUAUCAGAUACAUCAGUUUUUGUUGUUGUUUUUUAAUAAGGGAAUCCAAGGUGGAUCAGGUAAAUGCAAUGACUAAUGCUUUAAAAUAUGAUUAAUCAUUAUAUGUAAUUGAGAGACUGAUUUGUUCUCUAUUUACUUAUUUUGGCUCUCAGCUGCCACAGCUACCACGUGAGCAUUUCAUGAAUGUAUGGCAGUGAAGAAAGAAAAAUUUAAGGAAUUAAAGGCCAAUAGUCCUUCUACUUGCCCUUCAGGGUGUCAUUCCAAUGUGUUUUAUUGUUACUUACUUGUGAGCACAUUCAAAUACAGCACUAUUGUUACAGUCAUUCUCCAUAUUCCUUUUUCUUUCUUUUCCCUCCUUCCUUCUUUCCUUCCUUUUUUUUCUUUCUUUUUUGGAAGCCAAAUCUCUCAUCAAUAACUAAACCAACAGGCACACACCCUGUGCCUACCAAAGACCCUGAAAAUUCCAGUGAAGCAAUACUUUCUCCAGUUAGGUUGCCAGAGACAUAGUUGGUGCAGCAAAGAGUAGCAUGGCUGCCAGACCUGCUGGGGCUCCCACACAAUUCUAAGCUUAAGUCCCUGUCUGUGUUACUGAGGAUGCCUUUGCACCUGCUCAGGAAGACAUGCCACAUCCAGCCUAACACUAAUGUUAUAGCGAGGGUCUCCUUCUAUGAAAUGACAUAUUCAUUAAUUUUAUCUUCUUGCAAAGUGGAAACCUCUCUCAACCAAUAUAAGAAGUAAAAAAUAAUAAUCAACUUUUAGGGUGCAGUGAAUUUACUGUGAAAUGGGGGUACUCAGGAGAUAGUGUGAUAUAGAAGGAAAUGUCGGACUUGGAGCCAGAGGACAUCUCAGCUGCUUGUGUGACCUUGGACAAAUCACUUAACCUGUCUAGGGUUUAGUUUCUUCCUCUGUAAGUGAAGGGAGUUAGAUUAGAAGGCUUUUGAGGUCCAUUUCAGCUCUAAAUCUAUGAGCCUACAACCGUACUGUGGUGGUUAAUAUAACUAAGUCAUAGGGGGCAGUUAGGUGGCGCAGUAGAUGAAACACUGGCCCUGGAUUCAGGAGGACCUGAGUUCAAAUCCAGCCUCAGAUAUUUGACACUUACUAGCUGUGUGA